AUGAGAAUUUUCUUUCCUUUCCUUUUUCUUUUUUUUUUCCUGGUCAAUUCGUUUUUUUUCUUUUUUUUUCUUUUCUUUCUUUUUCAUCAUUCUAUUUUCUUGUUUUUUUCUUUAUUAAAAAAAAAAAACACAUUCCUUAUUUUCUUUCUAGGACCAUUGUCCUUUUCACUGACGCUAUUUUUUUUUUUCCUUCUUUAUUUCCUUCUCUUUCAACCUUUUUAUUUUUUUCCAUCAAUGUUUUUGAUCCUCCUUUUCAUUUUUUUUCCACUUUUUAGAAGAAACAUCUAUCUUCUUUUUAAAAAUUCCCUUUUAAUUUCUUUUUCACAGAAAUUCUUUCUUUUCUUCUUUCAUUUCUCGAUUCGUCCUAUUUUUUUUUGGUUCAUUUUAUAUAUAAUUUCUCUCCAUAUUCUUUAUUUAUUCUUUCUUUCUUUUCUUUCUUAUUUAUUCCUUCGCUCUCUUUCUUUCUUUCUUUCUUUCGUUCUCUUUCUUUCUUUUCAAAAAUUCAGACGUUCUUUUCCUUUCAAAAGCAAGAGAUUUUUUUUUCAUUCAUUAGGGAAUUUUCUUUUUUCUUUUUCUUUCUUUGCUUAUUCUGGCUAUAUUUCUUUUCUUUUCUUUCUUUCAUUCCAGUGUUUAUUUUUUAAUUUAUUUAAUUCUUAA